CAUUUUGUAAUUUAUGAGUUGUUUCUUAAAGCAAUAUAAUUCAAAUGUGAUAAACAAUAAGAAGUAAUGUUAAUAGUGCGAUUUUAAAAUUUGAAGUUUAUUAGUUGUGUAAAUAACGGUAAAAUAAAUGGAUUACUGAAUGAGUGAUUUAUUAUCUCAAAUCCAGUCUAGCGAAUUGGUUUUCCAUAUAUAGAACGUGGCAGUUGUGACUGGAUUCGGAUAAUUAGAGGUCUGAGUGUGACAGAGCGUGACACGAUGGGCUUCCUGCAUCAGCUGGGGCUACUGCUCUGGAAGAACUUCACCCUGAAAAAGAGGAGCCCGUUUGUGCUUCUAUUUGAGCUGUCCAUUCCACUAGUACUAUUUGUGAUCCUGCUGUCCAUACGUCGUAGAGCGAUUCCCCGGCCUCAGCAGACAUAUCAAUGGGGAACCCAGGCCUUGCCGUCAUCGGGUAUCAUCCCCAUAAUGCAGACCUUUUGUGAGGAGGCAACACAGGACGCCAACCACACUGCAACAUCAAAGGAGGAAAGUGCCAGCCGUUUCCUUAGUAACCUGCAGAGGUUAGCCUCUCAGCACAACUUUUUCUACCCCGGCUACACUCCACAAGAAAUGGAGCGUCUGCCGCGAAUCUACAAGAAUGUACUCGACCAGCCGAUUACUCUGGAAAAAUCUGUUAAAAAUGCUACAGAUUUUCAGCUGGAUUCCGUGUUCACAUCGACAGACAGACUGGCACACUUUCUCCAUGACAACCUCUCUGUGCCUUCAGCAGAUGUUGACGCCCUUUUGGGCUCCACUGUGCAAGUUCAAGAAGUCUACCAUUUACUGUUUGGAUCAACUGCAGCAUCCACAAAAGACCCCCACACACCAAAAAGAAGAAGUAUAGGUGACAUCCAGGACAGCUGGCCUAAUUUUGAGACCCUUUCAAACAUAGUUAAUCCUGACAACAAAAACCAACAACUCAGUCAGGGGACAUUACUUCUGGGAAUCCUAUCAGAGUUAUCCCCCAAAUUCAAAGGCAGUCUGGUUCACUCGUUGAUGCAGCAGAAGGCAUUGCUAGGAGACAAAAGGGUGCUAACACUCUUGAUGCAGUUUCUAAGCAACCCUUCAGGCACCCCUGACUUGACCUUGACCCCUGACCAGGUGGCUGAAGUGUUGAAGGUGCUGCUGCUCUCUCCCGAUGUGUUGAAGGCCGUGUCAUGUGACUCAGACGACCUCCAUCAGGUCUUGGUAACCCCUAGCAACACAAGCGACUCUCUCAUGGAGUUGGCAGCUAUCUUGUGUAACAUGUCCGACACUCAGGCUGUCACUCUGUCAGAUAUCCUCAAUGAGGGCAUAGCUGAUGAAAAGCUUGUCAAACGGUUCAACUUACAGAGCGUCAAUGUGACGAGCAUGUACACCCAACUGGAGGACUUCCUGGUUGAUCUAGAGAAGUUCUACCAGUUCCAGACUUACCUGUUUGACCUCAGCAUACUUGUGUCCGGUCUGCCUCAGGACGGGUGUGGUCAGUUGUGGCAGGACAGCAAUAUCACCACCACCCUGCCUGAUCCCACCACCAUGAACACAACACGACCGACAACCUCCAUGCCACACGACACUGACAAGAAAGACAAAAAGAAACCGGACAAGUUUGAAGGCUUCCUCAAAUUUUGGGACGGAAUGCAGAUGACAAUUUGCGGUCACAAACCACCACAUAGGAACCGGGAUGACCCACAACCGUCUGAUGCACACAGAUCAAUCAAGCCUUUAAAUGAUACAGAUGACUCACAAUCUGGCAAGCUUUCAAGUGACACUGAUGUUGCAAAUUCCACAGCAGACAGUCACAGUUUGGAGCCGGAAGUUGUUGUACAUCGACAACGAAGAUCAGCCACAGAUGACAUGGCUGACUUUGACCUUCCUAAAAAAGAGGAGCUAGGCUUGAAUGGUGGUCAACAACACAACUUGAAGAUCCUGCUACAUGUGCUGUACAGCAACCCCAAGGUCCUGUACGCCCCCAACAACUCCGCAGUGGAAACCAUCAUACACAAGGCUAAUGAGACGUUUGAGCUGGUGUCCUCGGUGUCUAACUAUGCGAGGGAGUGGCUGUCCAUCUCCAGCGACCUGCGCGCCUAUCUCCAGCAGGACACAACACGGAGAAACAUCGAGGCCAUCCGACUGAUUCAGAAGGACUUAAGAAGUGGUAAAAGCCUGCUGUCUCUUCUACCUCUGUCAAAAGAUCCGCGGAUCGUACAGUUCCUGGAUCUCAACAUUCCCGAAGCAAGCGUCUUCCUGAAGGAGAUUGACUCAGUGGAUAACGCUGCAUGCACCUGGAUGACCCUGAUGUCGGGACUCAACUUUGACGUGUUCAAGGGCUUCGCCAGCGAGUGGGAGCUUGUGGACUUCUUUCUGAAUGAGCAGUACAAGCAGAACGUCAGCGCAGUGGCCGGUCUGGUGUUUGAGAACGUAAAAGAGAACGCCUCACUUCCCGCCCACAUCCGCUACAAGAUCAGACAGAAUGCCACGUUCACACCAACCACCAAGCUGGUGAGGAACAAGUACUGGUUCCCUGGUCCAGGGUCCAAUGACUACCCAUACUACUCAUUUGGUUUCGUCUGGAUCCAGGACGUGAUAGAGCGUGCUAUAAUCAAUGUCCAGGUGGGGAGAGACGUGGUGGAGCCCGGUUCAUACCUUAUACGCUUCCCCUACCACUGCUGGCUCUAUGAUCAGUUUGUGUUCAUGAUAGAGCAUGUAAUGCCCCUGUGUCUCACCAUAUCGUGGGUCUACUCGGUAGCCAUGCUGGUACAGAGCAUCGUCUAUGAGAAGGAGCAGCGCCUGAAAGAGGUGAUGAAGAUGAUGGGUUUGAGUAACGCGGUGCACUGGCUGGCCUGGUUCCUCACAACAUUUGUUCAGUUCACAGUGACCAUGAUUGGCCUCACGGCCAUGCUGAAGUAUGGACAGGUGCUCAUUCACAGCGACCCUUUCCUUGUGUUCACUACACUGGAACUUUUCGCUAUAGCAACCAUCUCAUUCUGUUUCCUGAUCAGCACGCUGUACUCGAAGGCCAAGGUGGCAGCAGCCUGUGCCGGUAUCAUCUACUUCCUGACGUAUGUGCCGUACAUGUACGUGGCUAUCAAGGAGGAUGUGGCCGGAGACUCUAUCUCCUCCAUAGUGAAAACACUAGUGUCGCUGUUCUCGACAACUGCAUUCGGCCUGGGUGGGAAGUACUUUGCAUUCUACGAGGAGAGUGGUGUGGGCGUGCAGUGGUCCAACAUCCACACCUCCCCCGUGGAGGGUGACCAGUACAACCUGCUCAUGGUGCACAUGAUGAUGGUGUUCGAUGCCUUCCUGUAUGCUCUCCUGGCCUGGUACAUAGAGGCUGUCUUCCCUGGUUCAUAUGGACUGCCCCGCCCCUGGUAUUUCCCGCUUACGAGGACAUACUGGUGUGGAGGGUCCCAUCGGGUAACAGAGGGGGACUGCUGCGUAGGCUUGCUGAGACCACGAGGGUUCUCUGUCAUGGAGGAGGACCAGUGUGGGGCAAUGGCACGUGAUCCAGAAGAUACCUCCAAGUUUGAGCCCGAGCCCACCCACCUGCCUCGCGGGGUCAGCAUUGAGAACUUGACCAAGGUGUACAAGACGGGCCACAAACUGGCGGUCAAGAACUUGAGUCUGAAUCUCUAUGAGGGGCAGAUCACAUCCUUCCUAGGACACAAUGGGGCCGGCAAAACCACAACUAUGUCUAUCCUGACGGGCCUGUACCCGCCUACCUCCGGGUCAGCAGUGAUCUAUGGGCACGACAUCCGCAUGGACAUGGAGGUGAUCCGGCAGGGCCUGGGAAUGUGCCCCCAACACAACGUGCUCUUUGACAAACUGACAGUAGAGGAACACCUCUGGUUCUAUGCUCGCCUCAAGGGAAUGAAGACUGCAGACAUCAACACUGAGAUGGACAUGAUGAUAGAAGAUCUCGGGUUACCAAAGAAACGCAAGAGUAGAGUAGACUGUUUAUCAGGAGGCAUGCAGCGUAAACUUUCCGUGGCCAUCGCAUUUGUGGGUGGAUCCCGAACGGUUAUCCUGGAUGAGCCGACUGCCGGGGUUGACCCGUAUGCACGCAGAGCCAUCUGGGACCUGCUGCUCAAGUACAAGAAUGCCCGGACCAUCCUGCUGUCGACCCACCACAUGGAUGAGGCUGACCUACUCGGGGACAGGAUUGCGAUCAUCUCUAACGGGGAACUCAAGUGCUGUGGGAGCUCUCUUUUCCUGAAAACCACGUUCUGUGAGGGAUACCAUCUGAAGCUGGUCAAACGUGAAACAGAAGAAGAUGUAAAUUCUACAGAUGGCCUAGACCAACAUGAGCCUUCCAACAAUGAAAAAGUCAGCCAUUGUGAAGCCCAGACUGUGUCCCGGUUCAUCCAGAAGUACGUGUCCACUGCCUAUCUAAAGCAGGAAACCAGACGAGAGCUUCACUACAUCCUGCCAUAUGAGGAGGCCAGGAAAGGGAACUUUGAAAAACUAUUCCAGGCCCUGGAGACUGGUCAGGAGGAUAUCCACAUCAGUAGCUAUGGUGUUUCCGAUAGCAACCUGGAGGAAGUCUUCCUGGAGGUCACAGAGACUGCCAUCAAAGAUGAUGAGGACAAGAAAUCCAAACAGAUGAAAAUAUUUUCUACCAAUCAAAGUGCUAGUACUGAUAUUCCAUUUGAAGCUUCUUCACCAUUGGCUGAUUCUGGAGCAGCAGCUUCUGGCAGCCAAUCAGAUUUGGCGUCUCAUAGGGUGUUGGGAAAUGCUGGAGCUGGUAAUGAACUUGAGUUAGGCAAUAUUUCAGAGUUGUCAGCUGGUCAGAGCAAGGCUCCUUCUGCUGGCCCUGCCAUGGAGAGAGAUAUCACAGUCCCUUCGGAAGAGGAGGAAAGAGAUGCCAGGAACCUGGAGAUGCUGUCAGGCAAGGGUUCGUACGUUCUCUCCAACAACCUGCUCCUUCUCAACCACUUCCGUGCCGUGAUCAUCAAGCGCUUCCACUACAUCACCCGCAACUGGAAGGGACUCUUCUCCCAGAUCAUCCUGCCCGCCCUGUUUGUGUCCAUCGCCAUGACGGUGGCCCUUUCAGCCCCUAAAAAUGAGGAUUUGCCCCCCCUGGAAUUGAGCCCUUCCAUGUUUUUCAAUGUGACACAGCCGAGGGGUAACUACAUUCCAUUCUCCAACGAGCACAGCAGUGAGCGAGCACUGAAGUACAUGAAUGACAAGGGACCUGAGGAUCUCAUCCAGACAUUCCACCUGCCGUCAGGUGUGGGAGCGACAUGUGUCCUGAAGUCUCCGUUCAACAGUACCCUAGACGAGGACGCUCUUAGAAACUUAAAUGUGUCUGACCACACCCUGCAGCUGCUGGCUCACUACUACGAGGAAGGGUGCGAGCGGGUCUUUGUUAACGGCAUCCGGCUUGAAAACUACGUACCCGAGGCGGUCAUUAUCUCUAAUAAAGAUGGCCGCCUUGAAGAGAUUCCGGGGAGUGGGGAUAUUAAACCAACAGAGUCCAUUCCAUCGGGUCAGUACUACCCGAACUGCAUCUGCAAGAAAGACAGCUCCGGUUUUGAGUGUUCCGAGGUGUCAAAGCAACCGCCGGAGUUCCGAGUGGUGACUCGAGACAUCAUGCAGGAUAUCACGGUGAAGGAUGGACAUCAUAAUACAAAUGAGCAGGGCAAAUACUUCCUGUACACCACUGAUGAAUACAUCCUUCACAGAUAUGGAGCCUUCAGCUUUGGUACAGAGUUGCCGUUUGUGCCAGCAGAUUUUGGAGAAAACAAUCCAACUGUGUUCCGUCAACUGGCAGUUAGGGGAACUGCAAUGGCUUGGUACAACAACAAAGGCUACCAUGCGAUGCCUGUCUAUCUGAAUACACUGAACAACGCCAUUUUGAGGGCCAACCUGCCUAAACACAAGGGACAUCCUGCCGCAUAUGGUAUCACAGUGACCAACCAUCCUAUGAACCAGACCAACAAUGUUCUCAACAUGGACUUCAUACUGCAAGGUGCAGAUGUGCUGAUCGCCAUAUUCAUCAUUGCUGCAAUGUCCUUUGUGCCAGCCUCAUUCGUGGUGUUUCUGGUGUACGAGAGGGGAACCAAGGCCAAGCACCUGCAGUUUGUCAGCGGACUCAACCCAAUCAUUUACUGGCUGGCAAACUAUGUCUGGGAUAUGUGUAACUAUGUGAUACCGGCCAUGUGUAUCAUCGUGAUACUGCUGGCCUUCCAGAUACCUGCCUACAUCUCGUCCACUAACUUCCCCUCCGUCAUCGCACUCUUCUUCCUAUAUGGCUGGUCGAUGACCCCUGUGAUGUACCCGGCCUCGUUCUUCUUCAAGGAGCCCAGUGCUGCCUACAUCUUCCUGAUUGUCAUCAACCUCUUUACUGGCAUCACCUGCAUCAUCUGCAGCUUCCUCUUUGAGCUUUUCUCUUAUGACAAGGCUCUUGAGAGGGUCCACGUCGUAAUGCAGGACAUCUUCCUGGUGUUCCCCAAUUACUGUCUGGGACGUGGUCUCAUGGACAUCGCCUUCAAUCAGUACAAGAAUGAGUUCUACUUCAAGACAGGUCAAUACGACCAGAUUCAGUCGCCCAUGCGGUGGGACCUGAUCACGAAGAAGCUGCUCCUCAUGUUCAUCAUGGGCCUCGUGUUCUUUAUCCUCACCCUCGUCUGUGAAUACAUGUCGCGCAUCAGAGCAAGACGUCACACAAAGUAUGCGCCUAAUUCUGUUGAUGAGGAGGAUGUGGAUGUUGCGGCAGAGAGAAAACGAGUCCUCAGGGGAACCGGACGUAAUGAUCUGCUAAGGCUUGAAAACCUUACAAAGGUUUACAAGACGCGAAAGCUUGGACAUCAUCUUGCUGUAGAUAAGUUGUGUAUCGGAGUUCCACAAGGGGAGUGUUUUGGCCUUCUUGGUGUGAACGGGGCCGGCAAGACAACCACAUUCAAGAUGUUGACAGGAGACAUUGGACCCACAUCUGGCGAUGCCUAUCUCAACCGAUACAGCAUAACAAAGGACAUGUUGAAGGUACAACAGAGCAUUGGCUACUGUCCACAGUUUGACUCGCUGUUUGAUGAGCUCACAGCAAGGGAGCAUAUACAGCUCUACAGUCGACUGAGGGGUGUUCCACCCUCGCAAGAGAAUCAAAUCGUGGAGUGGGCCUUGAAGAAGUUGAACCUUACCCCAUACCAGAACCGACCAGCGGGCACAUACAGUGGGGGAAAUAAAAGAAAACUCUCCACUGCAAUCGCUCUCAUAGGCCAUCCACCACUGAUAUUCAUGGAUGAGCCUACGACGGGUAUGGACCCUCACUCACGUAGAUUCCUUUGGGAUCUCAUACACGGUCUCAUCAAGGACGGACGCUCCAUUAUCCUCACCUCCCACAGCAUGGAGGAGUGCGAGGCCCUCUGUACUAGACUGGCCAUCAUGGUGAAUGGCACAUUCAAGUGUCUGGGCAGUAUACAGCACUUGAAGAACAAGUUUGGCGAUGGCUACACGCUAACUCUGCGUCUUAAAGGCCCUGACCUUGAAAGGUCACAGCGGGUCGCCCGGCGGUUCAUUAUGCAGAAUUUUCCGGAGGCUGGUAUCAAAGAAUGUCAUCACAACUUGCUCCAAUUUGAGUUGAAGGAUCUCUCGCUCUCAUAUGUGUUCUCCAAACUCGAAGAAGCUCAAAAGGAUCUGAAUAUUGAGGAUUAUUCAGUCUGUCAAAAUACACUUGACAAUGUGUUUAUCAACUUUGUAAAGCAGCAAACGGAGUUAGUCCAGGAGCGUCAUGACUCGACUUCUAGCCUGCCCACUUCCUGUUUGCGACUCCGCCCGGUCGUUUUAGCAACCAGAAGGUCAACAGCUGACCCUGGCGACGAAGAGUUGCUUGCAGACGCAUUUUCAUCUGACGUCACCAUAGAGGCAGACGAUGAGCCAUUGUUGAAUCUGGGUGGGACAGGGACACGGUUAACAUUACUGAACAUGGAACCUGUCACCUGAACGGACCACACCAGUUUGCUGUUGUCUUGGCAAUACCUGCAUGGUAACCCUUAGCAACAAGGUCAUCUAUAUUAAGCUGCAUAGCAGCAACAAUCUGAUACCUCUUGCUAACAACAUAUUUCAUGCGCAGUAUUGCUGACCAUCGGAACAAAAUUAAAGAACAUUUUGAAGAUGGUACAUUUAUAUGAAGAAUUAUUGUCAGGGUGUAAUGUUCUCAUUUUUUUUAUUGUUAGAAUGUUUAGCUCAUCUGACCACAAUAUGCUCAUCAUAAACUUUUGUGAUUACUUUUUUCCGUCAUCAUCGUGUGUUGUAAACAUUUAUCUUGUGAACUUUCAAUUUAUGAAGAUUGGUCAGAACAUUUGUCCCAAUAAUAUCUGAGAAUGAAUAGAACCUGGAUCACGUUGGGUAAAAAACAAGGUCACUGGGUAAAAUAAAGAAAAAAGGUUGUGAACACUAGAAGUCAUAUUUAUAUAACUCCCUUCAAUCAUUUCUUGUAAUGAUACCUAGGCUGACUUAGAAAAAUGUUCUUGUCUGUUGGCCACAAGGGGAUGGGCUAUUUUCCUAAGCACUUUGUGAAUACUUCAGAAGUCACAUGAAACUUGCUCAUAAGACUAAUUUGCAAUUAAUGAUAUCUCUGUCAGGUCGGUCUGUUAAAAACAUGGUUUCCCUAUAAAGGUAAAAUAGAUCCCAGUGGAUACUCAAGACGACACAUGUUUUUCCAAUCCUCUUGAAAUUUACCAAUAACCUUUAUUCUAAUGAUUUUUGGGCAGAGUUUGGGAAUGGUUGCCAGCUUUUGAAAAACACGGCUGCCUUUUGGUGGGAUAGUUUCUCUUAUGUGGCUUUAGUGAAACCUUGUGAACACUCUAGAUGUCAAAUUGUGUGUCCAUUCUUCACGAAAUUUGUUCAGAACAUUUGUUCUUAUGAUAUCGUGUGUAAGCUUGAAAAGGUUUUCCAUCUUUGUAAAUAUAUGGCUGCAAGUGGUGGGCUGAGUGUUCUUUAUAUGGCUGUAGUGAAACUUUGCAAACACUUAGGAAUUAACAUGUUUUUCCCAUAAGAGCAUAACGCUUAAUCAAUACAAUUGUAUUUAUUACAUCUCAGUCUAGUUAAAAAUGGGUUGGAAUACAAAUAAAGGUUAGAAGCCAUAUGUAUUAUAAACCAUAUCGGCUGAGAACAUUUUAGUUCCUUCGGUUCUCAGGUGAGUUACGUAGGACUUAAGGCCAUUUUUUUAGCUCACCUGAGCACAAUGUGCUCAUGGUGAGCUUUUGUGAUCGCCUUUUGUCCGUCGUCCUUCGUCUGUCGUGCGUUGUCAAUAAUUUGACUUGUGAACACUCUAGAGGCCACAUUUAUUGUCGGAUCUUCAUGAAACUUGGUCAGAACAUUUGUCCCAUUGAUUCCUCGACUGAGUUCGAAACUGGGUCAUACUGGAUCAAAAACUAGGUCACUAGGUCAAAAAAAAAGUAAAACCUUGUGAACACUGUAAAUCACAUUUGAUGCCCAAUCUUCAUGUAACUUUGUCAAAAUGUUUGUCUAAAUGAUAUGUUGAUUGAGUUCAAAAAUGGUUCCGGUCCAUUGAAAAACAUGGCUGCCAGGGGGCGGCGCAGUAUUCCUUAUAUGGCUAUUUAUGAACCUUGUGAACACUCUAGAAGUCACAAUUUUUACCCAAUCAUCAUGAAACUUGGUCAAAACAUUGGUUUCAUUGAUAUCUCAGAUGAGUUUGAAAAUGGUCCAGAUCGGCGUAAAAACAUGGCCACCAGGGGGCGAGGCAGUUUUCUCUAUAUGUAUAUAGUGAAAACAUGUGAACACUCUAUCAGUCACAAUUUUGGUCCAAUCUUCAUGAACUAUGGUCAGAACAUGUGUUUUCUGGAUAUGACGGUUGAGUUCGAAAAUGGUUUGGAUGGGUAAAAAAAAACAUGGCCGCCAGGGGGUGGGGCAGUUUUCUCUAUAUGUAUAUAGUGAAAACAUGUGAACACUCUAUCAGUCACAAUUUUGGUCCAAUCUUCAUGAACUAUGGUCAGAACAUGUGUUUUCUGGAUAUGACGGUUGAGUUCGAAAAUGGUUUGGAUGGGUAAAAAAAAACAUGGCCGCCAGGGGGUGGGGCAGUUUUCUC